ACUAAAUACUAGUAAUCGAUUUCAAGAUUUUUUCGUAUUUUGAGUAUUUUAUAGUGUGUGUUGUGUCAACUGUCUAGUUUCAACGUCAACAUGACAACCAAGUGACAUAAGAGAUAUGUACUGAAAAUUUUCUUUUUGUUUAUAAGGUUUUGCGAAAAAUGUAAACACGGCGUUUAAUAAAACAUGGAAUCACAUCCUCUUAACCUGGCGCAUCAGCAACAUCGUCGUGCGGAUGCUCAUUUAAUUAAUAAUAGAUACGACGAAGCGAUGCAGUGCCAUCACAAUGCAGCUGAAUUAUUACUAGACGCAAUGAAGUCAACCACCUCUUCCGCAGCAUUGGAAUCAAUAAGUCUCCAACAUAGUUACCAUUUAAAACAAAAGGAUCUAAUCAAGAGCAAGAAAGAACAAUAUGCUCGCGUCAAAAAAGCUAUGGAAAACAUCAAAUUGUUGAGCCGAGAUCCUCAUCUCAAACUACAAAGCAAUGAGUAUUCUAAACUACAAAUUGCUAUUUAUAGAGCCAUUAAUGAAUCAGAAGCAUUGCUCCACAAAAUGUCAAAUGAGGAUUUAUCCACUGAAUCGAGGGUAUUCCAAGAUCCAGCAUAUUCUGGUGAUGUUACAGAUGGCAAAAAAAUUGAGAAAACUCAACAAACUAUUGUUGAGGAAUUGCAAAUUCUCAGUCAAAAUUUACAUUCGCUGGUUGAACAACUGGUACUACAAGUUGAAGUUCUCAAAGAUGAAAAUACAACGCUUAAGGAACGAGUUAGUUAUUUGGAAAAAGAAAGAGUUAAAUAUUUGAACCUACCAUCAUCAUAUUUGAACAGUCAACAAAGUAAUUUCUCAACAAUAUUUGUACCUAAAGAUGAGUUGAAUGUAGCAACUAAUUCAAACAAUUCAACUGAAUUGAAUCAACAAAUGAAUGCUCUAAUCCUGGAGAGAACAAAUCAGCAGCCACAUUUUGAUUUAAGUGCAUUCAAAGACCAAUAAAUACUUUCAAUAGAUAUUAAGUAAUAAACCCAUAUAAGUAAUCCAAGACUGCUGCCUAUAAACCUAUUAAGCAAAUACCAUUCAAUUGACUAGUACUUCUUUAUCAAGUUAAUAUUCCAGUAAGUUUAUAAUUUGCAAGAUUUUGUAGUAACCAGUUUUAUUUCAUACUGGCAGUUGCUCAUGACUUUAUCAGUACUGAAUAAUAAAAUCUAGUAAUAAAUAUAGUCAAAGAUU